AUGAAGAGAUUUGAGAAGGUAAACGUCCUGUGUUGGUCGGGCAAAUAUGUUGUACGUAGCCCAGAAAGAAGAGGUACUGCUUUCAUGCCCCAUGGAGAUAUUAAGUGGGCCGAAUAUAAACAAUGGUCCAUGACUUGUGAUUCAUGGGCAUCCCGAGAAACAGCCCAAAACACAAUUUUUCUUCUACUACCCAUCUUUGAGUGCAAAAGUAACGUGCCUGCAUGUGCUCAACAGAGGGUGGCAGGGGAAGAAGAUUGGAAAAGACGUACGUCAACAAAACUAGCAGGAAAGUUUAAUGCAAGCAUAGAGGGGGCCAGGGUGUCUUUGGAGAGGGCAACAAGGGGAAGAUGUGAGCUCCCAUGA